CGGCUCCCGAGAGCUUUAGCGCGGAAGGAUUUAAGCCGCCGCUUCGCCGGCAACCGUCUCCUCCCCCCACCUGUCAGGUUACGGCCCGCGCAGUUCGAACGCAGGAGAGACGGGUCGCCCCGAGGGCCGCGAUUCGGAACGCGCGAAGGGACAGAGCCGCACUGAUUGAAAGAGGCGUUUCCUCAGAGAGGGCCUGGUAAGCAAGGGCUGCCGCUCUGGCUGAAGGGAUUGAGUCCGGAGCGGAGUGCAGUAGCUAAAUGGUUAGGGCUGGUUAAAAUGGGGAAACCAAGGGGACGCGCCUUCGCUUUGUGGGACGGUGUGAGGCCUAUAUGCUUGAGGGGGAGAGGCGUGGAGGCAGCGUUGCUAAGCAACGCGAAGCGCUCUGGCCUGGAACCCGCGCGGCUGAGGCGGUUCCUUGGAAAAAUGACGCCGCCUGCUAGAGAGAAGGGUGGCCCCUGAGGCGAGAAGUUAUCUUUUACAUUAGACAAAUGUAUAAUAUCAAUGGAACGUAACUUAUGGACUUCUCAUGACCACGAUACGUAUGAGGAAGACUUGUUUGCAAAUGUUGUGUCAUUAAGGAGUCAGCUAAAGAAAACGGAAAGAAAUUUACAAGACUUAGAAGAGCUUUAUGUAUGUGUCCAAAGUACCAAUUCAUAUGAUAAUUCUGAUGACACGCUUGAGAUUUUAACCAUGGAUGAUCUCACUGAUCCUAGUGAAUUACAUAAUUGUUCAACUCAAUCUUCUCUGAGCAGAAUGCCUUGGCAUAACAGGGAUUCUUCAAGGAAACACAGGAACAAAUGUUACUCGCUGUCUUUGGAUAAAAGCCUGGAAGAAGAAAAUGAAAUACUAAGGGAUAAAUUGAAUAUAGUCCGUGAAAAAAAUGCAUCCUUGACUUCUCAGAACCAUCAUCUAAUGAAUAAAAUUGAAACAAUUAACUAUGAACUGAAUCAGUCAAGAGCACGGAUAUCUUUCCUUGAAUCUACUUUGAGUACACACUCUGUCAGCAUCCCAAUGUUAGAAGAACAGAUAGCAAGUUUGGAAGCAGAAGUUCAAGCACAAGAUAAAGCUCUAAAAGAAGCAGAAGAUAAAUUAGAGGAAAGCCAGAAAAGGCUAAUGGAAAAAGAAUAUUCUUUGCAGAAGCUGAAGGAGGAAUAUAAAGAAAUUAGAUUUGAUUUAAUUGAACAAUGCAAACAAGGAAAGAGAACUGAAUGUCAAAGAAAUGAAGCUUUGUUUAAUGCUGAGGAGCUGACAAGAACUUUUAAAAAAUACAAAGAGAAAAUAAGUGAGAAACUGGAAAAGGUUCAGGAAGAAGAGCAAACUUUAGAAAGAAAUUUAAUGAAUUGUGUGAAAGAGAAAGAAAAAUUGCACGCAAAAUGCAAUAGCUAUAGAAGUGAGCUUGAAAGCACAAAGGAACAAGUGAGACAGUUAACUGAAGAGAAUAGUAUUGGAAAAGAAAAUAUCAGAGGUGUGGAAGCCAAAUGUGCUGAAAUGGAAGUGCAACUGAAGCACUCUCAGCAGAGUAUCCUGAAGCUCGAAAAUAAACUUCAGGUCCAAGACACAGUACUUGAAGAAAAAAAUACCCUAUUGCAUGAAAUUGCUAGCUUAAAAGCUCUUGUCGCACAGCAAAAUGAUCACCUCAAGUUGUAUCAUCAAGAAAUUGAGAAUUCAAGAACUGAACUAAAAACCUUAGAAAAUAUUAUUUCCCAGUUGUCUCAAAGUUCACCAAGAGAGGCUAGUCAUUCCAUGCAUCAUUCUAAAGAAGCAUCAUGUCCCAAUUGCUGUGAUUUAAGUAGAUCCCUGAUAGAAGAGCUAAGAUUAAAGCUGACAAUGAAAGAAGCAUUGAUUCAGCAAUUUCAGGCAGAAACUAUGACCAGUAAUCCAUGUCAAGAUCUCUUUGAUGAAAGUGAGAGACAAGAAUUGAAUGGCCUAGAAAUUGAACCAGUAAAAUUGACAGGAAACCAAACAGAGAGAAAACACCAACAACUGGAACUUGUCGCUAAGCAGUUUGAAAAGGUCAAGCAAAGAUUGCAUGGACAGUUAGAAGAACUACGUACUAAACUGGAAAAAUGUGAAACUGAGAAUUCAUUUUUGAAGGAGACCAUGGCCCAGCGAACUAGUCAGUUUCAAACAAUACAGGAUGAACUGUUGGAGAAAGCUGCAAAAUCUAGUAGCUUGGAACGAGAAGCAGCAAGGAAAUCCUCUAGGCUCUCAGCCCUUGAAAAACAGUUGGAAGAAAAGACUCUUGCUUACACAACUGCUGCUGAAAAAAAUACUGAGCUGGAACGGGAAUUAGUGGAAGUGAAUGCUCAGCUUCAGAGCUUAGAAAGAAAUUUCAAUGAGGAACAUGGGCACUUAGCCACAGUGCUUAAAAAAACCAAGAUGAUUCAUCACGAGCACCAGAAAGAAUUGGAAAAGCAGAUUGAAUUGCUUGAGUCUCGACUAGAAACGAGAUGCCAGCAAUUCCAUGAGCAGGAGAACACAAUGUCACUUUUACAGCAAGAUAUCUUAUGUAAACAACGUCAGAUUGAAUCACUAGAUCUACUGCUAAUAGAAAGCAAAGAGGAAAUGGAAAAUCAGAAAACCAAGAAAGAGGAAGCAAUAAGGAUAUUACAGAGCCAAUUUACUGAGGAAACAAUCAAGGUCAGACAGCUGCAAGCAGCGCUAGAUGACUGCAAGGAAGAUCUAGCGGUAUAUUUAAGUAAUCUCGAAGAAAGUAAAGUGUUAUUUGAAAAACAGCUGGCGAAGAAAAAUGACGAGAUACAGCGGUUGCACAAAGAAAUAAAGUUGAAAAAUAACAAUCUUCAGUCAACUAGUGAACAAAACUUCAUUCUGCAGCAAACACUGCAGCAACAGCAGCAAAUGUUAAACCAGGAAACCAUUAGGAAUUGUGAAUUAGAAGACAGCCAAAUUAAGCUCCAGCAGCAGGUAUUAAAAUUAGAACAAGAACUUCAAAAACAGAAGGAAAUUAUGGAGGAAGAGUUGAGAAAAACUACCGAGAAUCUCCAUUUAGUCUCUGAAGAAGCUGAUUUGAAAAGACAAAAAAUAGCAGAACUCACGGGCACAAUCAGGCAAAUUAAGAUAGAGAUGGAUCAAUGUAAAGAUGAGCUAAUAGACAUGGAGAAAGAGUUAGUUCACUUAAGACGAGAUGGUCACGCUAAAGCAUCGCAGCUGGGCCACUUGGAAAUGACUUUGGAGGAGAAACAUGAAGAACUGCAGAAAAAGACGCAGCAAGUGAAACAGUUAGAAGAUAAAUUGCUUCAAGCUGAGACACAGCAAAAGGAUUCUGAGCAGAAAAUAGGAACGCUGGAGACUGACCUGCAGAAUGCUACUGGGAAGCUAAAAACUAGUUUGAGACAACUGCAAGAACUUCGGAAUAUGCUACAGGAAACACAGUUGGCUCUGGAGGAGAAGUAUGCUGCUAUUGAGAAUUUAACAGAAGAACUAAGAGACUGCAAGGAUGAACUUGAGAACAAAAGGCAAGAACUCCUUGAGAUGGAAAAGAUACUAAAAGAAAGGAAUUGGGAUUUGAAACAAAGAGCAGCUCAGGUUACACAGUUGGAUAUGUCAAUUCGUGAGCACAGGGGAGAAUUGGAACAAAAAAUAAUUAAAUUAGAAGGAAAUUUGGAAAAAGCAGAGUUGCAGAUCAAGGAAUGCAACAGACAGAUUGAGAGUUUAGAGAGCAAGCUACAGCAUUCCAAAGGUGAACUUCAGGAGAAAGAGUUGAUCAUCCUCCAACAAGAUCAAGAGAUAAAUCGUCUUAAAAAGGAAACUGGAAGAAAACAGGAAAAAGUAACAGAUAUUGAGAAAAAGGUGGAGGAACAGGAAAGGUUCAUGGCAGAACAGCACAAAGAAAUACUUGAUUUGGGUCAGCAGCUGAGGCUAGAACGUGAACAGAUGAAAAAGGUCCAUUUGGAGCUACUGGAAAGUCGCCGUCAACAGGCUCAAGCUCAGAGAGAUGUGGAUAGGCUCUCUCUUGAACUGGAAGAAGUGAACCACCUCUCGCAUGAAAAAGAAAGUCGUACAAAUCAUUUGGCAGAACAACUAGGGGCAGCUCAGGCACGGGAAGCCCAGUUAGAAGCAAGAAUGCAAACGGAGAUCAGGAGGCUCUCAGCAGAAAUACACUCACUAAAGCAGUCUUAUACAUCAGAGAAACUCUUACAUGAAACAGAGGAAACAAAACGGAAGGAGUCGAUAUCUAAAUCUCAUCACCUUUAUGGGCAGUUGCAGCAGCUGAAGCUAGACCUGGAAGAUGCACAAGGCACUGUCUGUAAUCUACAAGAACAGCUUCAGUCCAGAAAUGACAUGAUUGACGCAGCAAACGAAGCUCUGCUUCUCAAAGAAUCUGAAGUAACAAGACUACAAGCUAGAAUUGCAGGUCACGAAAGAACAGAAAGCAUCAAGCAACUAUCAGCCCCACAGAGCAUAUCCACUCAUCAAUGGUUAGAUCAAGAGCCAGACUUUGACAGGCAUUCUCAGAGAAAAUUUGCAAGCACUAAUGAGCCAAGUUUUAAAGAUGAUGGAAAUCUAUUAAAACCAAAAAACAUUUUUACAACCAAUUCUUUGGUAAUUUGUAGGAAGCCAAAAGACACAAUUCACGACUCACCAAAAAGUCCAGAUGAAUCGUCCUUUGAUCCUUUGACACACAUUGUGGAGGAGGAUGAGACUUGUGAUAGCAGUGACUUCCAAACUCUUAGUGGCAUGCUAAAAUAUAUCAACAAAGAGAUGAGUUCUGAAAAUUCUCCAUAAUUUUCACCUGAUGUAAAGGACAAUUCAAGAACAAAGAUUGUGAAGUAACAGUGUGCUGGCAAGCAGUCAACCACAGAUGGAUUUAUUGUCUUCAUGAAUAUAAUGAUGUGCCAUUUUAUACAAACCCUGUAUAUAUUUGAGAAACAUAGUGACUCAUAAUCCCUUCCUAUAUAUCCCAAUUCUAUUUUUUUAUUACUGCUUUGAAGUAAUUUGUACAGUAAUAAAGGUGUGGUGGGGUUUUUUUUUCUCUUAAAGAGAAAUCUGAAGGAUCUGGAUUUUUAAAAAAACUAUUUUCCUGAUACUUGAAUAUUUCAGAUAAAUGUAUUAUUAUUGAAUUAAUAAACAAACAAUACACAUUG